UGUCACAGCUGGAAGCUGAAACCAGACAAAUUCCUGCCGGAACAAAGGGCAGGCUGUCAGAAACGAGUUCAUUAAACCACUGGGACAGCGUCCCAGGGUUAGAGAGGGAUCCCUUGUCUCUCGGAAGAAGACUUGGUUCAACCCGAGGCUAUUUGGCCCAGCACCGUAAAGCCUGGGUGAGGAUGCAGGGCCCAUGAGGACGGAGAGGAUAAAUGAGGGAACGCUUGCUCCUAGCCUAGAAAUCCCUGUGCAUUUGCAGAGCAGAAAACAGCUGUCUUCAGGAACGCUACUUUUUGCUACCUGUUUUUAUGCAAGCUUGAUCACUUUUUUUUAUUAUAAUUAAAUGUUUUAUAAUUUAAUGACCGUCUCACGUGAAAAUGAUGCUGUGCUAACCUUCUGCAAUUUGGGGUUUUUCAGGCACGAUGACUGAGCAGCAAAGUCCCCCCGAGCAGAUGGCGACCGGGGAGGGUGCUGGCGAGCGAGGUGGCAAUUACAAGAUCACCAUCUACGAGAUGGAGAACUUCCAGGGCAAGAAGUGCGAGCUGACGGAGGAGCUCCCCAACAUCGCCGAGAAGGCGCUGGAGAAGGUCGGGUCCAUCCAGGUGGAGUCUGGCCCGUGGCUGGGCUUCGAGCGGCAGGCCUUCGCCGGGGAGCAGUUCGUGCUGGAGAAGGGCGACUACCCGCGCUGGGACUCCUGGUCCAGCAGCCGCAGCAGCGACAGCCUCAUGUCCAUCCGCCCCAUCCAGAUCGACAGCCCCGACCACAAGCUGCACCUCUUUGAGAACGCGGGCUUCGCCGGGCGCAAGAUGGAGAUCGUGGACGACGACGUGCCCAGCCUGUGGGCCCACGGCUUCCAGGACCGCGUGGCCAGCGCCAGGGCCCUCAACGGAACGUGGGUGGGCUACGAGUACCCCGGCUACCGGGGCCGCCAGUACGUCUUGGAGAAGGGCGAGUACCGGCACUGGAACGAGUGGGACGCCAGCCAGCCCCUGAUCCAGUCGGUGCGGCGCAUCCGCGACCAGCAGUGGCACCAGCGCGGGGCCUUCGAGAACAGCUGA